AUGAGUAAUACUAGUUUAAGCAACGUCAAUAAUCAUAUUGACUACGAGGACGAUAAAACUUCAAAUUCUGACAUAAAAUACAAGUCAUGUAUAGACGAUGGUGAAUAAAAAGAAUGGGAAAGUCUAAAGAGAUAUAAUAAAGAUGAUGACAAAAGAAGCACUUUAGAUGUGAUAUUUGAUUCGAGCAAUGAGUAUUGCAAGAGUUUCGUUAGAGAGAUCUUUCACAUUUCAAGUCAAACUAUAGAUGGUGUUUGUGCAGCCAUUUUACAUGCCAUUCAAAGUCCUCAUCAUGACUCUUACUAUGUAAAUCGUCGCAAUAGACUAAUGAGUAGCGAUGAUAGAAGGAAAAGGACCUCCCAAACUCCGGAUUAGAAGUCUUUAAGAAAGGAUAAAUUACUUGAAAUUUAUCUCUCAAGAUCUCUACUUAGCUAAUAAAGUUUCGAUGAAUACCUCUCUGACAAUAAAGAAACCAAAUAGAUUGAAAAUCUUAGUGACUUGGCUGGAAAGAAAUAAGAUCGAAUCUCAUUCACUCCUGAUGAGAGUAGGAAAUAAGUGGAGGAAACCAAGAAUUAAGAAUAACUAGCAAAGUAUGUUAAAGACUAUUUUAAGAACUAUUAAAUCCAAAAUAAAUAAAAUGAAAGGAAAAGGGACAUCAUUCUGAAAUCUGUCCGGAAAACAAUUAAAUCAGUACUAGCUGUUGCUUCUUUCUGGGUUCCAGAUUUAUUCAACUUGAUUUAGAAAAGAAAGAACGUUAUUGAUCCAGUCAAACACAUAGUCAUUUCUCCAGAUCAUUUGACUAAUGGGUUUCUUGAGGAUUCUCAACUUGUCAUCUAGCUGUUCUUUGACCAGUUCUUUUUAACUAUGAGAAUAGCAGCUAAAAAAGGCAUGAAUAUUUUUACCUUCAAAUCAGGGGAGAUUGCUGAUGUGAGGGAUAACUAAGGACAUUCUAAAAAGCAUAAGAAAAAGAUAUUUGAUGUAGUCAGGAAUUCAAUGAUUGCUUUCUUUUCAUUUACUAUGCACAAGUUCUUUAUUAAUCUUCCUCAGCUACCUAUGUAUAUUAAAUAGAAUGUAAGAUAUUUUUUGAGUUACCAUUUAAUUCAGACUGCUAAUUUCAUGAAGGAUCACAUCUAUAAGUACUAUUGGCCUUCAUUGAGAUUACUAGGGCACAAUGUUGACAAGAGGACUAUCAAUCAAAUGAUAACUAAGAGUGGUUACUCGAAUAGUAAUUAUGAAGUUGAGACUGAAGAUGGUUACAUUAUCAAUAUGAACAGAAUAGUCAAUAGUGAUGCAUUUAAAGUUGUGUAUUUCUAGCAUGGAGUACUUGACAAUAGUUUUACAUGGGUAGUCCAUGGACCAUCUGAUAGCAUUGCAUAUCAAUCUCACGAAGAGGGAUAUGAUGUUUUUCUUGGAAACUUUAGAGGUAUCUAUCCAAGAAGGCUAGCUGCUUGGAAAGAUCCAAAAACCUACUGGAAUUAUAACAUCGAUCAUUAUGCCAAGUAUGAUAUUCCAGCAUUCCUUGAAAAAAUACACAAGAUAAAACAUCAAGAGUUAAGAGAGAAAUUUUACCAGAAGACAGACAUGACUGAUGAUGAAAUUACAAAGGAUAUUGACUCAAAACUUACCAUCACUUACAUUGGUCAUUCUCUAGGAGGUAUGACUCUCCCAAUGUAUGUGAUUCAUUAGAAACUUAGAAAUCGUCCCCAUUACCUGAACAAAGCAAUACUUCUUUCUCCAGCUGGAAUUCAUUCUCAGAUUCCUCUGAUUGUUAAGACCUUCGGAUGGAUUUUCUGCAACAUAGUACCAAAGUUCAUAGACCAUUUAGCUCUUCCUAACGUAGUAAUAGACUGUGCCAAUAAAAUUCAUAAAGAUAUCAAAUCACUACCAGCUUCAAAUGAUCUAGUCUCUUAUUUAACUUCUAAAAUAAUGGGAGGUAAUGGAAUUGGUGAUACCCCAAUUGGUAAAAGUGCUAAAUUAUUGACUUCUAUGCUUUUGUUCGGUUUCCCAAUGGAACUUGUUGAUCAUUUUUACUACUCAUUGUAUAAAGAGAAUAAGUUUUAGGCAUAUAAUUAUAGAGAUAAAAAAAAGAAUUAGUUGGCCUAUGGCUCAGAUAAGCCGUUAAAUUAUCUAGAAAAUUAUCAUUUAAUUGAUAUAGAUAUCCAUUACUUCAUAUCAAUGAAUGAUUUUUUGAUUAGAGCAGAUGAUAUCAUAGAGCAUUAUAACGCUCUUAAACACCAUAGUCCAGAAUUGGCUCAUUUGAAAGUAUUUGAGGGCUAUAGCCACAUUGAUUUUACAUAUCAAAGUCAUCACUCUAUGAUUGCUGAGAUAAUUCACACUUUAAAAGGUGAAAAUACUGAUAGUAGUCAAUAAGAGGUGCUACUUGAUUAAAUUAAAAAGAAUAUUAAAAAAAUGGAUUGA